GGCUCUCUCAUCUGGUGAGAACACAGCAGGUUGUCACAGCAACCCUGGGAGAAGAUGCAGUCUUAAACUGUGAGCUCAUGACACUCAAAGAUGUGCGGCAAGUCACCUGGCAAAAAGAGACAACUGGGGCGAAUGAAAAUGUGGCCACUUACAGCAAACGAGGUCCCAAUGUCAACCUACCUUUUCAGGGGAAAGUGGAGUUUGAAGACGAGGGACUGCAGAACUGUUCUAUUGUCAUCAGAGGAGUGUCAAGAGGAGAUGAGUCCUGCUACAAGUGUCUGUUUAACACCUUUCCAGAUGGACCUAUCAGUGGAAGGACCUGCCUUCUUGUAAAUGAGCUGUAUGGACCCUCACUCCUCAUCACACAAACCAACAACAGUCACACCACUCUGUCCUGUUCUGCUACUGGACAACCUACUCCUAUAGUAACCUGGGACAACACAGAAAUUCUAGAAAAUUCCACAAUGGUCAAUGUCACCCAUCUCAAUGGUACUGUCACAGUCAUCAUAAC